UUGUGACAUAUUUCACAGAAGUUUAUAUUUUUUAAAGAAAAAACUAUAAAAUUAAGCAAGAAUAAAACAAAAAUUAAAAAUAUAACAAUUCCCCAUUAGAAAUUAAUUAUUAAUUCUAUGAAUUUCCUUCGUUAUAACUCAAUAAAAUGUCUGCAACUUCUUUUGUGAUGCCCAAUGACUUGUCAGACUUGUGUCGCGUGUGUUUACAAUUGCCAGAGGAGUCUCAGUAUUUGGACUUGGCCACCAUUUACGACGAGGAAGACAAUCUAACAUAUGGCGAAUGUUUUACUAUUUGCACCCACAUAGAUUUAAAUGCCGGUGAGGGUGUACCACAUCAUUUGUGCAAAUCUUGUGGCUUAGAAUUGCAAAUGUCCUAUGAUUUUCAUAAAAAAAUCGAAGAAUCCAAGAGGGUGAUAGAACAAUGUCAAAAGCAAAUAUAUGAACAAAAAGCAAAUGUUGUGGGUGCCGUGGCCAGUAUAGAACAGCCAAACAAUGUGAAUUCUGAUGCGUUAGAAGAAAUGGACAUUGUGCAACUAAUAAAUAAUAAAUAUGAAAUAAGUGAUGAUGAGGAUGAGUUGGCUGAAACAUCACAAGAAUUGGAAGAAAUGUGCGGUAUGCAACAUGAAAAUGAACAACAUUUUGAGAGAGAGCCCCAUGAGGACGAAGAGACUGAUGAAAUGGAUAUUAUAAAUAGAAUUUGUCAAAUAGAAGCCAACACACAACUAGAAGUACCCCCAGAUAAAGAUUUUAACACAAGUCUGAAGCCCUUGAAUGAUCAUGAUAUUGAGGGUGAUGAGGAUGAAAUGGAAGACUAUCAGAAUUUGGAAGCUUUGGAGGAUGAAGUAACGGAAACAAUACAAAUAAACGUAACAAAAUACAAUAUUAUUGAAUGUGGCGAAAAUGAUGAAUAUGCUGAAGAUGAUAAUGAGGGGGUGGAGGAGGACGAGGAAUAUUAUACACAUGAACCAAAUGAGGAUGAUAUGGAGGAACAGUUAAGAUGGCAAAAUAAUGUGGUAGCUGUAGCCAGUAAAGAACAUUUACCCAUUAACAUUGAAGAUGACGAAGAGACGGAGGAGGAGGCAGAGGAAGAGACGAUAUAUAAAACAGCUGUGUUUAAAAAAAAUGAAAAUCAAAUAAUACUAGAAGAAAGUUUACAGGAUGAAAAUGUUGAGCAGGAAGAAGACAAUGAAAACGAUUCAAAUACCGAAGCUUCUAAGAAAACCUCUAGCGCCGACAAGAAUAGCAAUAAUAAUAAUACAUCCCGUAAACGUCAUGUGGGCUCUUACAGUUGUGACUAUUGCCAACGAGUUUAUCCCAACUAUUCGCGCAUGAAAACCCAUCGUCGUUGUCAUGAGACGGAUCGACCGAAAUUCUCCUGCUCCCAUUGUGGUCGCAUGUAUGCCACCAAACAGGCACGCGACUGUCAUAUACAAACGGCCCACGAGAAAUCCGGCUACAACUGCAGCAUUUGUAGUAAAGUUUUUGCCAUACGCAAAAGUCUAGAAAUACAUGUACGCUAUCAUACGGGUGAUUUUCCUUACGCUUGCAAGUUAUGUGAUCGGAAAUUUGCUCAAGCCUGCCAUUUGAAUACACACGUUAAUGUGAAGCACAAUAAAAUACGCUUUUCCUGUGAUUAUCCAGGUUGUGGCAAGUUUUUCACCUCCUCCACCUCGCUGCGCAAUCAUGAAUUUACCCAUGGCAUUAUGCCAUUCGAAUGUGAAUAUUGCCAGCAAGGCUUUCCCGCUAAAGCAAAAUUAAGAAUACACAUACAACGUAAGCAUGGCAUGGACUUGAGCAAAGAUCAAUUGGAAAAUAUGCGUAAAUUUCAUGUUAUGCGUUCAAAAGUUAAUUUAGUGCAAUUUGUGGACACGUAGACUUAAAUUAAUUAAUUUUAUUAAACAUUUUUCUUAAUUUUCCAUCAUGUAAAAUAAUUCAAAUACAUAUAUGUAUAUUUUAAACUAAAAUUUGUUUAUUUAAAAUAUGUAAAUACUAUUUUGUAUAGUAUGAACUAAAAUGCAAAACGUAAAUAAAUCAAGCUAUAAAACAGUAUAA